AUGACUUUGUCAUCCUGCUAUCCCAGCCAAUUCUACUAUAGUGCGGUGGGCACUACUACAUUGCCUCCGUACGUUCAGCUGGUCUGUCCCCAGGAUUGGGAGACGUAUAAUGUCACCGACACGUACAUCAUUUGUUGCCCAGGAGGCUAUGGUGUCUAUGCGCCCAACUACCAGGACACGGCGCGUCCUGGGCUGGGUGCUGUCUGCACGUCCAGCAUCUGGCCAAAUGUGUUGAUGGACACUACCAGCUACGAUUCAACAGGUUCGGCAACCGUCAUUCCCACGGUCGCUGGGGAUGAUGGAGUCCUGGUGUUCGCGACGGCGUUUGAUGGAACGAAGGCUACGUCUGUGGGCUCUUCCACUUCUAGUUCCAGUCCCAUUUCCCUGUCCUCUCACACUACUAGUACGAUUCCUGCGACUACUUCCACCAUCCCCGUUACCCCUGUUGUUACGACCACCCCGAUUCCUUCGACCACUGGCACCGCUACCCUGACCGCUAUCUCCCAACUCCCUACCUGCGGGCAAACAUGCUUCAGCAAUAUGUUAGCCAAGUACGACGACCUAGGCUUCCCUGCUAGUGCUUCUGCUAGUCCGACCACAAUCUCCGAUCUUCCCACUUGCGGCCAAACCUGUUUCAACAACAUGCUGGCUCAAUACUCAUUCCUCGGCUGUAGCAAUGAGGAUGCCUCGUGUCUGUGUGAGAACAUAAACUUUUACUAUGGCAUCCGGGACUGCUCUAAUGCGGCCUGUGGCACUGAUGUUGCGACCACCGUCCUUGCCUUUGAAAGCUCCUACUGUGCUUCUGCCACGGCUACUGCCACCCACAAAUACGUACUUACGAGCUGCGUGUAA